AUGGAAUUGGUGGACGAAUUCUGUGAUUUGUUACAGAUUCAUGGCAAUCGUGAUAAGAUAGUGUCGUUAACGUGCUACACCCUUAAAUUUUGGGGAGCGACUACGAAACGCCAGAAUUUGCUUACGGCAAGCGCGAAGCUAGCUAGCGCCAGAGCUGCAUUACGACUGUUCGAUGAUGCUGCUGUGCUAAAAGCCUCUCUUCAAUACGGACUAGGAAGACAGGAUGGUCCAUGGUGGGGAACAUUAGGUGUAACGAAUGGUGUAUUUACUUUAGCUUACUUGCAAGCUGAGAAGAUAGUAUUUUUACUUGACACUGGCGUACUAAAAUUGAAUGAAGAAAGUGCUCUCAAAUUUAGGAUUGCACACAAAUUAUUCUGGUCUUUAUAUUCAUUUGUUGCAUUCAUUAGAUCAAUCAAAGCGUUACAUAAUGCAGCUCAAACAUUAAAAGAUCCGAAUCGUCCAAAGUGCGCUUCAGCAAGGUUUACGCAAGCGUCUUUAACGACUACAAAGAUGCUACUCGAUGUCAUCCAUGUGGUCAACUGGUUGCCUAGAGGCUGGCUAUGGGGGAGUUACUUAGAUAAUUCCCACGCUGCUGGUAUCGCAACUCUGUCUGGAGUCUUGGGUUUAGUCAUCCAUUAUCGAGGGAAACGAUUGCUUCCACGA